AUGAAUGCGUUGCUAGGAUAUGCUCCCUUCCCACAGCCAGAGCAGGAUAUGAAGCUUCUUCCUAAAGAAGCGAAAAAGGAUUGGAGAAAUUAUUGUUGUUAUAUAUCUCAGAUACUGCAUGAUAAAGCAUUACUUAAGGACGCACUAUCCUUCUAUGGCUUGAUGGUUGUUUGGUUGGUAGGUCUUGCUGGCGGGUUUAAAAUGCCUUUGCCAUCAAGCUGCCCAAUUGAAUUUGCUUGUGUGCCUGAACACUUGGUCGAAGAUGCAAUAGAAAUGCUUAUUUUUGUACUUCGGUGCAGCGAAUUAUUGGUUGAUGGCAUUCCUGAAAUGGAUGAAUUUAUAAAAUUCAUUAUAAUGUUCAUGGCAAGUCCAAAUUAUAUUCGAAACCCUUAUAUAAGAGAAAGGAUGGUGGAACUCUUGAGUCUGUGUCUCUGCAACCGAAGAUGCGCAUGUUCAGUGAUUACCGUUUUCAAAGGCAGUCAACUAAACCUGGAGUUUCUUGUUGGUGAUCUUCUAGAACUUUAUGCCAAGGAGGUGUUCACUGGUUCUCCAAACAAUCUUCAGUUCCGCAAAAGUAUUUUGGAAAUUCUUGCUUUGAUCAAUGAGAAUAUCAAUCUUCUUGACAGUGAAUCAUUUCUGUGGAUGCAGGAGAGAGACCGUAUGUUUAAGUAUGAUAAGGAUAUGAUUGGACGUCGUAUUUCGUACAGAAUUGCAAGUCUAGAAAUGCUAGCAUUUACAUCAAAGCAGAUUAUUGUUCCUUUCCUCCUUCCACAUAUGGUAGAUACAGUGGCUACAAUGCUCAAUCACAUUUUGGUACAUCUUUUGAGCCUUCACACGAAAUCUUCUUUCGGGACAAGGCGCUUUAUGAAGUGUGGUUGUUGUCUGGAGAUAUUGCUUAAGCAGAUUGUCAGUAUUUAUGUACAUCUUGCAAGAGGUGACAGCGAAAAUAUUUUUGUAGCUGCUAUUUGUAAGGAUAGUCAAUCAUACUACGAGCAGUUGUUCAUAGACGUCGCAAGAGUUUUGGAUGAAGACAGAUUGGUGCCAGAAUUUAUAGAGCUUGGUGUUAGAAAUAUUAUCUCCAAGAUAUUAUCUUGUUGA